AUGGCCGAGUUAGUAUAUGACAAAUUCAUAUUAUUUGGGGAUUCGAUAACUCAAUUCAGUUGUGCCCAGGAUGGGGGCUAUGGCUUAACUCCUGCAUUACAGCUGGAAUAUGUUCGGAAAUUAGAUGUUAUUAAUCGUGGAUUUACAGGAUAUAACUCAGAUCAUGCUAGACUUGUAUUACCCAAGAUCUUGGAGGCUGAAUCAAACGAACAGAAGAAUAACAUUAAGGUAAUGACUAUAUUCUUUGGUACUAAUGAUGCUUUUCAAGUUGAAGAUGACUUUAACAAGAUCCAAGCAGUUCCUUUGAAUAGAUACCAGGAGAAUUUAUGUGCAAUGAUUGAAUUAGCUUUAGAGUACAAUAUCUAUCCAAUUAUCAUUGGUCCUGCUUUGCAUCAUGACAAGUUAGGCAGGAAGAUGUUACGAGAAGGUGGGAGACCAACCGACAAACCUAUGGUAACCAAUGAAAGAUAUUUGGAAUACAGCGAAUCUGCCAAGGCUGUUGCUGCACAGUACAAUGUUGGUUUUGUUGAUUGCUGGCAUAAAUUCAAAAAGUACGAAGGAUGGCCAGAGGAACAAGUCUUAGAUCACUUUAUUAGCGACGGUAUCCAUUUUACUCCACCAGCGUACGAGGUGUUGACUGCAGAAGUUUCUCGUGCGGUCAGUCUCUCACAACUAGAAUUUAAAGAUAAAUUCAGUUCCUGGGAUGAGGUUCGCAUUGACGACUUGCCAAGCUCGAUGUUUGUGCCUACUAAUACGCAAUUGGAUCCGCCAAAGCAGAGGCAGUUAUUAAGUUAUGAUAAGUUCAUCAUGCUUGGGGACUCGCUUACAGAAUUUAGCUGUGAUCAGUCUGCCCCCGCGUUUGGAUUAAUGCCAGCAUUGCAGAAUGAGUAUAUCAGAAAAUUGGAUGUUUUAAAUCGUGGAUAUGGCGGUUAUAAUUCAGAGAUGGGAAAACAUUUAUUACGAAAAAUAUUGACUGCGGAAUUGAAUUCCACUAAGGAUAAUAUUAAAUUAUUAACAAUAUUCUUUGGAACCAACGAUGCCUUUCAAAUUAAUGAUGAAUUGAACAAAAUUCAAGCCGUUUCUUUGAAACAAUAUAAGCAGAAUUUAUCAGAAAUGAUUGAAAUGGCAUUGGAAAACAAUAUUAGACCAAUCAUUAUUGGUCCAGGUUUACAUGAUCACGAAUUGGCAGUUCAGUUUUUUGGCUCUUUUGGGAGAAAAGUACAGGGCAAGACAGUUACCAAUAAGAGAUUGUUUGAAUACUCUGAAGGAGCUAAGGAAGUAGCCGACAAAUACAAUGUUGCAUUUGUCGAUCUUUGGAAUGCGUUUAGAAUCGAUGGAGGUUGGCUGACAGAACAGUUACUAAAUGGUAACGAGAAUGCAGGCCCUGGGAGAAUAACCGAUUAUCUUACGGAUGGUAUUCAUUUCAAGCCAUUGGGCUAUGCAAUUGCAUAUGAAGAAGUUAUGAAAGCCAUUCGUAAACAUUAUCCUAGUUUGUCACCUGAGAAGAUGCCUGAAAUAUUAUCGGAUUGGGCUGAUAUUGACCCAAAAGAUAUCGAAGCCUCAGUUUUUAGAUCUCUGUACAAGCCUGGAGAAAUUAUCGAUACUUCGGCACUUAAGGAACAGGCAAGAAAGAAGAACGAUUGA